GGACUUUGCAUGACUGGUGAGCCUCGGUUUUCCAUCCUGUGUACCUCAGAGAUUUGGUGGGAUGGUUUCGUAACUGCUGCCAAAGGUCCGCAUUGUGUAACUGUGCACAUCACAGGACGACCUCCCAUACCUGGCCUGGUUCCUCCCACAGUCCCUAUCGCAGAGGAGCUGAUCCAUGUUAAUCUUUAACGUGUAUUUGUCCAGUACCUGCUUUGUGCUGGGCACAGUGCUGGAUGUUGGAAGUCAGGUAGACACAGUCCCAACCCUCAAGGAGUUCACAGACGUAGAGGAGACCAAAGGAACAAGGCCACUGCGAUAGGGUGGUGGAUGCCUGGUGGGAGUGAGGAGAGCACGUGGAGUGGUGCCCUAGUUCAGCUCCAUUCGGCAGCCCUGGCAUCACUGAAGGGAGAUAUCGUGGAGCUCAACAAACGUCUGCAGCAAACAGAGCGGGAACGGGACCUUCUGGAAAAGAAAUUGGCCAAGGCACAGUGUGAGCAGUCCCACCUCAUGAGAGAGCAUGAGGACGUCCAGGAGCGAACCACACUUCGGUAUGAGGAACGCAUCACGGAGCUGCACGGUGUCAUCGCUGAGCUCAACAAGAAGAUAGACCGCCUGCAGGGUACCACCAUCAGGGAGGAAGAUGAGUACUCAGAACUGCGGUCAGAACUCAGCCAGAGUCAGCAUGAGGCCAACGAGGACUCCCGCAGUGUGGACCAAGACCAGACCUCCGUCUCCAAUCCCGAAAACCAGUCUACCAUGGUCACAGCCGACAUGGACAACUGCAGCGACCUGGACUCGGAACUGCAGAGGGUGCUGACGGGGCUGGAGAACGCCCUCUGUGACCGCAAGAAGAGCAGCUGCAGCCUCUCGGUGGCGGAGGUGGACAGGCACAUCGAGCAGCUCACCACGGCCAGCGAGCACUGCGACUUGGCCAUUAAGACAGUUGAGGAGAUCGAGGGGGUGCUUGGCCGGGACCUGUAUCCCAACCUGGCUGAAGAGCGGUCUCGGUGGGAGAAGGAGCUGGCGGGGCUGAGGGAAGAAAACGAGAGCCUGACCGCCAUGCUGUGCAGCAAAGAGGAGGAGCUGAACCGCACCAAGGCCACCAUGAACGCCAUCCGGGAGGAGCGGGACCGGCUGCGCAGGAGGGUGCGAGAGCUUCAGACUCGACUGCAGAGCGUUCAGGCCACAGGUCCCUCCAGCCCUGGCCGCCUCACGUCCACCAACCGCCCAAUUAACCCCAGCACCGGAGAGCUCAGCACAAGCAGCAGCAGCAAUGACGUCCCCAUCGCCAAGAUUGCUGAGAGGGUAAAGCUAUCCAAGACGAGGUCCGAAUCCUCCUCAUCUGAUCGGCCAGUCCUGGGCUCGGAAAUCAGUAGCAUAGGGGUGUCCAGCAGCGUGGCAGAGCAUCUGGCUCACUCACUCCAGGACUGCUCCAACAUCCAAGAGAUUUUCCAAACACUCUACUCACAUGGAUCUGCCAUCUCUGAAAGCAAGAUUAGGGAGUUUGAGGUGGAAACAGAACGGCUGAAUAGCCGCAUAGAACACCUCAAGUCCCAAAAUGACCUCCUGACCAUCACCCUGGAGGAAUGUAAGAGCAACGCCGAGAGGAUGAGCAUGCUGGUGGGCAAGUACGAGUCCAACGCCACGGCGCUGAGGCUGGCCCUGCAGUACAGUGAGCAGUGCAUAGAGGCCUAUGAGCUCCUGCUGGCGCUGGCCGAGAGUGAGCAGAGCCUCAUCCUGGGGCAGUUCAGAGCCGCCGGAGUGGGCUCCUCCCCUGGAGACCAGUCUGGGGAUGAAAGCAUCACUCAGAUGCUCAAGCGAGCUCACGACUGCAGGAAGACAGCUGAGAACGCCGCCAAGGCCCUGCUCAUGAAGCUGGACGGCAGCUGCGGGGGCGCCUUCGCGGUGGCUGGCUGCGGCGUGCAGCCCUGGGAGAGCCUGUCCUCCAACAGCCACACCAGCACAACCAGCUCCACAGCCAGCAGCUGCGACACGGAGUUCACUAAGGAAGAUGAGCAGAGGCUGAAGGAUUACAUCCAGCAGCUCAAGAACGACAGGGCCGCGGUCAAGCUGACCAUGCUGGAGCUGGAAAGCAUCCACAUUGAUCCCCUCAGCUACGACGUCAAGCCCCGUGGGGACAGCCAGAGGCUGGACCUGGAAAACGCCGUGCUAAUGCAGGAGCUGAUGGCCAUGAAGGAGGAGAUGGCCGAGCUGAAGGCCCAGCUCUACCUGCUGGAGAAAGAGAAGAAGGCUCUGGAGCUGAAGCUGAGCACGCGGGAGGCCCAGGAGCAGGCCUACCUGGUGCACAUCGAGCACCUCAAGUCCGAGGUGGAGGAGCAGAAGGAGCAGCGCACACGGUCCCUCAGCUCCACCAGCAGCGGCGGCAAGGACAAGCCCAGCAAGGAGUGUGCUGAUGUCACCUCCCCAGCUCUAUCACUAGCUGAACUGAGGACAGCAUGCAGCGAGAGCGAGCUGGCCGCAGAGUUCGCCAACGCCGUCCGUAGAGAAAAGAAAUUAAAGGCCAGAGUUCAGGAGCUGGUGAGUGCCUUGGAAAGACUCACUAAGAGCAGUGAAAUCCGGCAUCAGCAGUCGGCGGAGUUCGUUAAUGACCUCAAACGGGCCAACAGCAACCUGGUAGCUGCCUAUGAGAAAGCAAAGAAGAAGCAUCAGAACAAACUGAAGAAGCUGGAGUCGCAGAUGAUGGCCAUGGUGGAGAGACACGAGACCCAAGUCCGGAUGCUCAAGCAGAGAAUUGCUCUGCUGGAGGAGGAGAACUCCAGGCCCCACACCAAUGAAACCUCCCUUUAAUGGUGUAAUCGGCAUGUGGGCACAAAGUUUGGCCUGUGGGAGCUAAACUCUAGCAGGCCCCAGAGGAGACAAGGGCCCCGGGAGACAGAGUACCUGUUGGGAGAAUGAGGAAAGGGACGGUGGGUCAGCACUGGGACAGUGGAGUGCCCCAGACUCAGCUCUUGGGGUUGAGUGGCCCUGGUGACAGUGUGGACCGUACUCAGAGGAUCCUACUGCUCCCUUCCCAGGCCCCGAGGGCAGGUAGACAGGGGCUCUGCACCUGUGCUCAGCAACCUGGCUGCUGCUGUCCAGCUCAUUGUUGUUCCCUCCCUCCCUCCCACCCAGGCAUUUGUUUUUGUAAGAUUUUCCAUUCUAUUCUCUUGUUAGCAGAGUGGGCUUAUCUUCUGGCAUCCAAAAUUUCUUCUCUUUUAUUUUUGGAAAUAAAGUUUUAUUAAGGGUUUCUUCAGAGCAGAGCACUUCCUAGUCCAGGGCAACUACGUAAUUGCUGUUCUGCUGAAUUAAAACUUGUCCACGUGAAUACCUGUGCGGCACUGGACCUGUCUCCACAUACCGGUGAGAGGCUGCGUGUUGUCAAAGGCGGAGGCGAUAAUGAAUGUUUUGCAAAACUGAUCCACCUACUUACAAGUGCUACUGAACCCACAGUUCAAAUCUUAGUUCCUGCUGCCAGGAAGGGGACAGGGUGAGGAAAUGGGUGUUACAGUCUUUUUUUCCCCUCCAUGGUGACGGUUAGGCACAUGGUGCUUAAAAUCAAACCAAAUGCUGACAGGGCUAGGCAGGACCAAGUUACCUAAAUUCUUUCAGGGCAGUCUUUUAUCUAAGAAUAAAUCCAUUCUUCCUUUUCUACAGCAAUUGAUACACUUAGAGGACCACUUACCGGUUUUUUAGUAGCACCAGAGAAUCCACCAAAGCUUCCCUGUAAGAAAUGUUUCCAAUGCCACAGUUAACCACAAAUUGAAGUUUCUACUACAGGUCACUGUAGUCAAGCCCUGAUGUCCAUAAAUCUUGGGUGGAUCUGUUUUUAGAGAGCAUGAUCCAAAUUACCCAGCCUCUAUGGGAGGGGGAAUAAUACUCCAGCCACCACGUGGAGGGCGGACUGGUUUAUCCUAAAUGCAACCACCAUGCUUAGGCCAGCAGUGCAGCAGCCCUUCUCCAUCCCCACCCAGAUCACCUGUUAGUAGGAAGGACCCAACUGGUGGGUGCUUUGAUCACUGUGAAAAAGCCCACUGGCUUCUGUUUCUAUCAUUUGGUCAAAGUUAAUUCUUGUGAUCUUUAAAGAGUCAUUUUCAAUCUUCAGCUAAAGUGGCAUUUUUGUCACAAAGAAAAUGUUUUGGAUGAAAAGUAUUAUGUAGGAAAAAAAAAUUCAAUUGCAGUUUGCACCAUGUUUCAGCUUGUCCAGGGAAAGCUCCACCUCUGAACAAAGUGGGACGGGCCUGGCUUUCUCUUUUGUGCUUGAACAGGAUCAAAACGGACAGUUCUCAUUUGCGACAAACCCGCUGCUGAAGCAGGAAUAAAAUCCAAGCACCCACCUGUUAGGUCCUAUAAUUCCUCCAGACAGAAGAGGCCUCAGCUCCCUUUAUGGGCCCUGGUAUUACUCAUCCUACCUGGCCUUAGUUUGAGUUUAUACUUCAAUAAAAUAUUUUCAAAUAUGUGGUGAUAUGGGUGAAAACAAUUUCCUAAGCAAGUGUUACUUUUAUAAUUAUGUAAAAUAAAAAAAGCUAUAAAAUA